AUGCGCUUCUUCUUUGCUUCCCUGCUCCUGGCCACUGCUGGCAAUUUACAAAGCGCUAAUGCAGGAGCCAAAAUCGGAGCCACCUAUAAGGGUCUAGGAUGCACAUCAGAAGCUAGAGAUCUCCUCAAUGGUGAAUGUACACCUUCAACCCCUGGAGGGAAUGACAACUGUGAGGGCACCCCUAACAAUCCAAACGGCAUUACGUAUAAAAAGGGAUGCCACUCUCAGGAAAUGUUCAUGAUGGAAGGCCCCACGUUUCUCUGCUGGAUCCUGCAGUAA